CUCACAACUAAGCGCCAUACUGCGGAGACGGGCAAUUCGCCUCUAUGUAGGAAAAAUGUGGCCGCAUAAACUUUCUCGAGAACUUGUCAAACACAACUAAGAGAAGGACGCUUACUGCCAUUGCCAUUUUUUAAAAAUGUGUCAAAGGUUUUGAAACUACUUACUGAAGUUGUGCAGUACAUUUCAGCAAUGGUCCGCCUUAACAUAGAACUAAUAGCUCGAAGCAGCGUUCAUAUAAAAAACCGAAGAGAUGAACCACUGGCACAAUACCUUAAAAGGAUUACACAUCUGAACUUUUCAAAUAAAAAUAUUGUUGAUAUUGAUGAUCUGUCAAUGUGCCGGAACCUUACAGUUUUGUACUUGUAUGAUAAUCAAAUUAAGCAGAUCUGCAACUUGAGCUUCGCCUCAAAUCUCACGCACCUCUAUUUGCAGAACAACAGCAUAACGCAAAUUGAAAACCUGUCAUCACUGCCUAAGCUUUCCAAGUUGUACCUUGGUGGCAACUGUAUUACAGUAGUAGAGGGUCUGGAAAAGCUUGAACUUUGCGAGCUACAUAUUGAAAGUCAACGACUUCCCCUUGGAGAGAAGCUGUUAUUUGAUCCUAGAACUCUUCACUCUCUGUCUACUUAUUUGUCUGUAUUAAAUAUCAGUAACAAUGCCAUUGAUGAGAUUACUGAGCUCUCUGUCCUGCAUAACCUGACACAGUUCUACGCCGCUAAUAACAAGCUUCAGGAUGUAAAGGAGUUAGAGCUGGUGUUCAGUAAGUGGACGAAACUUCAAAAGCUGGAUUUGAGUGGAAACCCAGUGUGCCACAAACCAAAAUACAGGGAUCACUUAAUAAUGAUAUGCAAAUCUCUUGAAGUACUUGAUGGCAAAGAGAUAAAUGAAACCUUCAGGCAGUUUCUUACAAACUGGAAGGCUUCAAAAGAAGCAAAAAGAAGGAACAUGGAUGAGCAGUUCAUCAAACAAGCAGCCUAGUGCCAUCCUUGAGUGAACUGAUUAUCAGCACAGUGCUGAUUGUGGAUUUUUUUUAAUACUGCAAAGCUUAAUUUUAAAACUAAGAAAAGCAAAAAUGUUUGGACCUGCAUUGGCCUUAUACUUUAACAUUAACUCAUCUUCAUUUUUAAAAUGUACGACCUACAAUCUGCAAUGUCCUCCUUUCCGAAUAUUAUGCAAUAUAGGUAUCUUGGAAUUUUCCACACACACAUAUAUGUGUGAGAGAGAGAGAGAGAAUUUUGGUCCUUUUGUUAUGUGAAUUGCCUUGCAGAAUCUAUGUUAUCAUCUGUCAUACUGUCAUAUACUCCACCAAGAUAUAUGUGAUGCUCAGCCCACCAAGUACACUGGCAGAGUAAAAUAAUGUACUAUGUACUAUGACUGACACAGGUGUGAUCCUUACCUGCCACUGUAAAACCUGUAAUCCUUCAAACACAUCUCAUGUCAGAGAUGCUGGAACUGUUGUAACCAAUAUCUUAAUUGGGAAGUACAGAUUAGAUGGAAGGGCAUGGUGAGUGCAUUUACAGUGAAAAGGAUUUAAAACUAGAACAGAAUAUGGUUCCAAAUGAAAGUGAUCAUUUUGGACCCAUGUCUUUUUCAAUUCUGAACUUCAUGUUUUUUUCAAGGUUUGACACCAGUGAUCUCAGUGACCAAAAUAAACAGGGCUGUGGGAAAGUGACAGCAAUUAAAUAAAGAUAAAUCAAAGCAGUGUAACAGUGGUGAAAAAUCUGUGAUAGGCGUACACAGACAGUUUUGUGGACUUGGAUAAGGAGAUUUCUGGAUUCAUGUUAUAGUUAGAGUUUUUCACUUCCUCCUCAGCUUAUACUUGAGCAGUGGCACUGUAUCUGGUAAUUAUAAACUGUCAAGGAUUCUCAGCAAAAAGAGCCUAAAUGACUUCAUUAUAAUGAAAUAUGUUGAACAUUUGCACAUACAUUAAUCUUAAAGUUUUCUGACAGAUGUUCAUUCCACACUGCACAAUCCCAGAUUCCCUACAGUGAAAGGCUAUGACACUAAAGGAUGCUGGGUAGGCAGGUCUUUACUGAGAGCUGCCGAGAAUUACAAUCAGCAACUAAGGGUAGCUCAUGGCAGUAAUGGUUGACCUGGCAAUGCUCUUUUUAAAGUUGUUGACCUUGCCAGCUAAUAAAAUAGAAGGUUCUUUUCGCUGGCACAAAAGGUUCAAGUAUGUGAUCCCAUGAUAUGCAUGGGUGAUCGUCUGCUUGACAAGGAUGAGUCAGUCUGAUUUAAACAAAAUCUAUCAAUGUGUCACAUUAAAUACACACUGCUUUUCUCACAUUGAUUGGCUAAUACAGAAGGUUAAGUUGUCUAUCAAUUGCUCAUAACUGCCCUUAGGUACUGUUUUUCCAGUUUAUUCUGCAAUAACCAUAUUUCACGUAGAGACUGCUAAAUUAAAAUUUGAGUGUCUGCAUCACAGCACAAAAUGCAAAAUGGCAACCAUCAAAUAGCUUACUACAUAGCACAGCUAACUCUGAAUGUCAGUCAACAUAACACUUCAAGACAUGACCUCUGAAAAUAACAACCACUUUGUAUACUUUACAAGCCAGAGUGGAGAAAACACUGCCACUCUCCCGGCAUGAUCUGGGCACAUGGUAGGAACUUUAAAGACAGUUAUCUAAAGCUUCUGAGAAGGGAUUUAGAAAUGGUGACAAGCAAUAAAACAACUGAUUACCAUUUGCAUAAAACUCUUUACUGUAUUUGAAUAUGAAUAUAAAAAAUGAGCAGUGAUGUAGUCAGUAGAAUCUACAUCAUAGGUUAAAGUCCAAUGUCCCCUCAUUGUAGUUGCAUGCUAGGUGAAUUAGUGACUUAAAAUUGGUCCUUUAUGAGCGAGUCUUGUGAUGGAAUUUUGUCCUGUCAUGUCCUGUUCUGGGCUGCUUCUUAUUUUGCUUUUGCUUUUGCAGAGAUAGACUCGGGCAAUCCUAAACGAGAUUAAGUAGUUUCAAGCAGUUAUGUUAAUGUAUAACAUUCUCAGACCUGCUUAAUCCAUUUCGGGGUCAUGAAAAAGCUGAA